CUCCUCCGUGGCCCCUGGGCAGCGUGGCGUGACCCCCAGAGGAUCCUGCCUUGGAGUGGCACGUGGCCCUGGGAGACCGUCCCUGAUGGAACGGGGGGCCGACGGGGCACGGGCUCCUCUGAGCUUGGCCUUCGCGGCGCGCUGACCGGCCUCUGGCCCAGGGACGCUCAGACCGGCCUGGCAACGAGGACGGCCUGCAGCGUGGCGGGCAAAGGCCUCGGGCGCCAGGCUGGCCAUGCCUCUGCCGGGGCUCCUCCUCUGCCUGGCGCUCCAGGCCCUGCUGGCAGCUGCCCACCAGCCCCCCAACUUUGUCCUCAUCUUUGCCGACGACCUGGGCUUCGGCGAUCUGGCCAGCUAUGGGCACCCAACCUCCAGCACCCCAAACCUGGACAAGAUGGCCGCCGGCGGCUUGCGGUUCACCGACUUCUAUAGCAGCAGUCCUGUUUGCAGCCCCUCCCGGGCGGCCCUGCUGACGGGGCGCUACCAGACCCGCUCCGGCAUCUACCCCGGCAUCUUCUACCCCGGCUCCCGGGGGGGCCUCCCGCUGGCGGAGGUGACCGUGGCGGAGGUGCUGAAGGCGCGGGGCUACGCCACAGCCAUGGUGGGCAAGUGGCACCUGGGGCUGGGGCCCGGCGGGGCCUUCCUGCCCACCCGGCAGGGGUUCGACCACUUCCUGGGCGUGCCCUAUUCCCAUGACCAGGGCCCGUGCCAGAACCUGACCUGCUUCCCCCCUGCCACGCCGUGCUACGGGGCCUGCGACCAGGGCGUGGUGCCCGUCCCGCUCUUCUGGAACCAGAGCAUCGUGGAGCAGCCCGUGGCCUUCCCCCGCCUGCAGCCCCGCUACAGCGCCUUUGCCCGGGACUUCAUCGCCGCCUGUGCCCGGCGCAAGCAGCCCUUCCUGCUCUACUACGCCUCGCACCACACCCACUACCCCCAGUUUGCGAGCCAGGACUACGCGGGCCGCUCCCCCCGGGGGCCCUUCGGGGAUGCUCUGCUGGAGUUCGACGCGUCCGUGGGCCAGCUCCUGCAGGCGGUGCAGGAGGCCGGUGUGGACCAGAACUCGCUGGUGUUCUUCACCGCGGACAACGGCCCUGAGACCAUGCGCAUGUCCCGCGGGGGCAGCUCCGGCCCGCUCAAGUGCGGCAAAGGGACCACGUACGAAGGCGGGGUUAGGGAGCCGGCCGUGGCCUACUGGCCGGGCCGCAUCGCCCCAGGGGUGACCCACGAGCUGGCCAGCACCCUCGAUAUCCUGCCGACCGUGGCGGCGCUGGCAGGGGCCCCCCUUCCCAGCGUCACCCUGGAUGGCUUCGACCUCAGCCCCCUUCUCUUCGGAGGCAGCCGGAGCCCCCGCCAAGUCAUGUUCUUUUACCCCCCGGCGCCCAGCGAGCUGCUGGGGGUCUUUGCUGUCCGCUACGGCAAGUACAAGGCCCACUUCUUCACCCAGGGAGCUCUGCACAGUGACACCACUCCGGACGUCGCCUGCCACGGCCUGACCCCCCUGGCCGCCCACGAGCCCCCGCUGCUCUUCGACCUGGAGUCUGAUCCGGCCGAGAACUACAACCUCCUCCGCGGGGCCCUGGUGGGGCCCGAGGCCCUGGCCGCCCUCAAGGAGGUCUGCCUGCAGAAGGCCCUCUUCGACGCCCAGAUGCAGUUUGGGGAGAGCCAGCUGGCCGGGGGCAGCGACCCCUCCCUCGAGCCCUGCUGCUCCCCCAGCUGCACCCCCAAGCCGUCCUGCUGCACCUGCGCGUCGCCCCCUUAGCCGCCAGCCCUUGCCGCGCGGGGCUGCCAGGGGCCUCUCCGCUCUGCACAUGCGCAGAGGAGCGGCCUGGCUGGGGAGCUAGUGGUGAAGGGAGCUUUCGCGGAAUCGUAGAAUUGCAGAAUAGUGGAGUUGGAAGGGGCCAUGGAGGCCAUCCAG